UCUCAAAGUAGAAGAAGAAGAGCAAACGCUGUUUCUACAGAACAUGGACCAAAGAGAAUAAUUUAUUCUUUUUCUAACACGAGUAAAUAUUGCUAACUUGCAGCUUUUGAUGUGCAGUAGCAUCCUGACGGCAUCGAUAUGAAGACCGUGAUUAAAAAGGACAAGCCUGAUUGUGAACAGGACCAUUCAUCAGAACUGUCGCUUGAGGAGACAGAGGGGUCAGAGGUGACCACAAAGGCCCCAGGUCCCACCAAGGAUGGAGAAGAGAUUCUGGUGCUGAGCCACAUGGAGGAAUCAGUUGGGUACUUUUGCCGUAGACUGAAUUAUACAAAGAAAUGUACUCAGGUGUCUGAUGAAAGUCCUUCAGAUACGGACACAAACACAGAACCAUCUGCCUCUCCCCCCUCAAACAGACGUAAAACUCGUGGUAAAAAAUUCAGCUGUAAACUAUGUGGCGUGGAGUUCUGCCGCAGAUCAAACAUGGUGCGCCACAUGCUAAUACACACCGGAGAGUCUCCGUACAGCUGUGAACUGUGUGGGAGGGCGUUCCAACGGUCAGACUGGCUGAAAUCGCACGUCAAAAUCCACAUGGGUGAAAAACGACAGAGAGAAAAGCGCUUCGUUUGUGAUAAGUGUGGGAUGAAAUUUAAUACCACUGCCUCACUCCAAAGUCACAUAUGGAAACACACUGGAGAGAGACCACUAUCCUGCCCGUUUUGUGAGAAGACAUAUUACAGAAUGCGCACUCUUAGACAGCACCAAAAUGAUUGUCACUCUGGAGAGAAACAGUUUUAUUGCUCCUUGUGUGGACACAGCUUUGCACGCUUUGAUACACUGCAGAAGCACACACGGAUUCACACUGGAGAGAAACCGUUCUUGUGUUCAGAGUGUGGAAAAACAUUUAGUUAUAAAUACUCGCUGUUAAUGCAUAAAAAACUGCACUCAGACAAAGUUUGAUGGGAUGCGCAUUUGUACACAUGGAGUAAAAUGUAUUCGGUUAUUCAUUUCUAGGGAUGUCCUGAUACCAUUUUUUUUUUUUUUUUGAGAAAGUGUUCGAGUACCGAUACUUUUAUUUUGUACUUGCCGAUAUCAGCAGUUUAUUUCAAGUUUAUCAUUACAUUUUGUUUUAUAAAUUCAAAUGUUAAUCAAAUCCAAGUAUUACAAUUCAUUUUCAACAUUACAUUUUAUUAUUUUCAUCAAAUUAAGUGAUUUUAUACAGAACCUCACUGCACAAUCAUAAAUACAACAUUUUCUUUAUGUCAAAUAAAGUGCUGCAUAAGAGUAUUGAUGUGAGAUAUUGCUUAAAUAUAACACAUUUACUAAUGAUUUAUUAUUGGUAGUAGUAGUAUAACAGAGAAUAUUACACACCGUAGUUAACUAUUUCUGUUUUCAAUUGAGCUUUUAUUUUCAUGUGUUUCUGUGUUGUUAGACCAAGAAGCUCUGACAUAAUGACUGCAGAUUCCCAAUCCGGAAAAGCCGGUCGCUACCUGAAUCACAGUAAUAUUAAACCACUAAAGGCUACUAUUUAAAUAAAUAUAUAUGUAGUCUGGGGCCUGGGUAGCUCAAUGAGUAUUGACGCUGACUACCACCCCUGGAGUCAUGAGUUCGAAUCCAGGGUGUGCUGAGUGACUCCAGCCAGGUCUCCUAAGCAACCAAAUUUGCCCGGUUGCUAGGGAGGGUAGAGUCACAUGGGGUAACCUCCUUGUGGUCGCAAUUAGGGGUUCUCGCUCUCAACUGGGCGUGUGGUAAGCUGUGCGUGGAUCGUGGAGAGUUGCAUGAGCCUCCACAUGCUGUGAGUCUCCGCGGUGUCAUGCACAACGAGUCACGUGAUAAGAUGCGUGGAUUGAAGGUCUCGGAAGCGGAGGCAACUUGUCCUCCACCACUUGGAUUGAGGUGAGUAACCACGCCACCACAAGGACCUACUAAGUAGUGGGAAUUGGGCAUUCCAAAUUGGGAGAAAAGUAUAAAAUAGAAAAAUAAAAUAAAUAAACUGGUAGUCUGUAUAUGACUCGUGCUAAAAAGUGAAUUAGCGCUUUGCCUGCAGUCAUCUGCUGCAAACAGAGCAUGCGAUGCUCGUAAUAGCGUUUUCCGUGUUUGAGCCAAAGAUUUCUAAAGGUAUGAGAAGUUUGUGUCUCUAUGCCUGCACAACACCGGCUCCACACAUUCACAAGCACUCACGUUUAAAACGCUGCACAUGCAAACUAUCUAUUUAACUCAUUAAAUUGCAGCUUUUGCUGUGAAAUAAUCUCAUUAGGAAGUGAUGUGAUUUUAAGAUGUGCGAAUGUUUAUGCAAUAACAUUCGUACAUCAGAUGGUAUCGGUUUUUGGUAUCGGAGCAUUUUUAUGAGUAUGAUUACCAGUACAUGAGCGUGGUAUCAGACCAGUAUCGUAUCAGUGCAUCGCUAUUAAUUUCCAAAAUGAUU